CUGGCUGCUCUGAAACUCAUAAAGAAACUAAGCUGCGGCUGAAACCAGCAGGAAUGUCAACGAUUUCAGAGGAAGACUGGAAAACAGCUCUGUUCCAGAUCGUCAAACAGCUCAAUGAGCCACAGUACAAGACCAUGAUGCUUUUUCUAUCGGAAAUCCCCAAAAGUGUAAAGACCACUGAGUCCAGAGAAGAGAUGCCCCAAGUAAUCAUCGAGCACUAUGGAGUGGAAACAUCUGUCCAUAAAAUCAAUAAAAUAAUGGAUCAAAUACCUCGGAAGGACGCUGCAGUGCAGGACCGACUGCGCCCCUUUGUGGAAAGACUGAAGAAGAAACAGGAGGAUGAGAGAAGAGCACCGGGACCAUCAACAGGAGCAACUGGUGUCAGAGCUCUGACUGACGAGUCUGUCUCCUCAAGUUCAAGGAAAAGGAAGGUGGACAAGACUGAAUCAGCUGGAUCAGUGAUGCCCAAAAAGAAGAAGACAGAGAACAAAGUUUCAUCCCUGAAAUCAACUGGGGCCACCAAAACUACCAAGGCUGCUGCACCAGAGAAGCCCAAAGAGAAGGAGAACAAACAGAAAGCUAAGAAAAAAGAUGAGCUGAGGAGCCUGCAGCCUGAUGAGAGGAAAUCCAUCCAUGAUGUAAAGAUCAGCGGUGACCUUGGAAACAAACCCAUAGCUGGCAAAGUUCUGGCGAAAUCUGUUCUGCGUACAUCUAAACCCCCCAAAAAAGAGAAGAUGUUUUUCUUUUACCUGGGGGUGGCUGAUGAAACAGGCAGCAUUAAAGUGGUGGUGUAUGGAAGAGAGCGCUAUCAGCGUUUCCAGGAGAAGAGCUGCUACCUGUUCAGAAAUGUCAUCAUGGACGAAAAUGUCAUGAAAGUGACCAAAAAGAGCGGCAUAUCAAAGAUGGCACCUAUUGAUGUUCCUGAGAAUCUGGAGAUGGAAGCUCAGAGACUCGGUUAUUCCCAGACUCCAGUUUGCUCCAUCAGACAGGCCAUCGGAUCAGAGGGGAAGACAUCAGUGAGUGUUGAAGGAAAAGUAACGGAGAUUGGCACACUGAAGAAAAAACAGGGAGCAAAAAACAGGAAAGAGUUCCAACUUGAAGACGGCACAGGCUCCAUCUGGAUCACUUUGUGGGGCGAAUACAUCAAACAGCUCAGAGGAAAAUCACCUGGAGACUCUGUCAGGGUGGUCAAUGUAGAGACGAAUCACUACGAAGGCUCAGUAUCACUGAACUCAACAGAUUUCACCAGAAUUUCAAAGGAGAGGGUGGUCUCCAAACAGAACAGCAAACAGGAAAGUAAGAAAAAGGAGUCUGUCUCCUCAAGUUCAAGGAAAAGGAAGGUGGACAAGACUGAAUCAGCUGGAUCAGUGAUGCCCAAAAAGAAGAAGACAGAGAACAAAGUUUCAUCCCUGAAAUCAACUGGGGCCACCAAAACUACCAAGGCUGCUGCACCAGAGAAGCCCAAAGAGAAGGAGAACAAACAGAAAGCUAAGAAAAAAGGACAAAAACAUUUUGUGGAUGAACACCGAAACGAGCUGAUCCAGAGAGUGAGCAACAUCGCACCGAUUCUGGAUGACCUCCUACAAGAAGACAUUAUCCACCAAGAAGCUUACGAUGACAUCAGUGCUCAGAGGACCUCUCAAAAGAAGAUGAGGGAGCUCUUCAGCCACAUUCUAAAAGCUGGUGAUGCCUCCAAAGAAGCCUUCUACCAAGUCCUUAGGAAACAUGAAAAGAUGCUCAUUGAGGACCUCACCCAAAACAGUACAAAGUAAAGCCAGGGUCUCCUUUUGGAUCAGGAACUGACCUGAUGUUUGUUAACUUUUCUAGAAAAACAAUUUACAGGUCCAUUAACCCAGUAGCUGUUAUCAACACUCUGUCCCCAGAAUAGCUUCUUCACACAGGGUGCAGCCAACAUCAGAGCACUACAAAGAAGGGCCUUGAUACUCUGAAAAGCACAAAGGAGACCACACAUCUGUCACAUGUUCCUUCAUCAGAUCAAAAAGGGGAGUGACGGUGGAGGAACACUUCAGACAGAAAUUAUGGUAACAUCUGACCUAAAAAUCAAGUCAGCUCAUUGGUUCUUGGCAUGGGGAACUAUUCUAUGGCCAUGGCCUUCACUUCACUUAUCACUCAAAGUACAUCACUGUCAUACAAGCAAACUGACAUUUAAUCAAAUGAAUGCUCAGUCAGGCUGCAGACAGGGAUUCAAAUAGGGAACAAAUGUAGCACAGAAACAGCUUUAGUGAAGGUUACAAAUGAUCUUCUUAUGGCCUCUGACAGUCUCUGUGCUUGUUAUUUUUUUUAAACAUCAAACUUGAUUAUGUUACCAAAAAAGCACUGAUGUGAAUAAAGGAAAAAAAUAACUUUACAUUGUGUACAAAAAUCUGAAAUGUGUGUUCCUCAUUAUCAACAAAUCCAUCUAUGAUUAAUUUAAGAAACUCCUUUGUGGCUAUAUUCUUGUUCAGGUAUGAAAAUGUCUUUAAAGAUGCCCUAUCUAUGCCAUAUUUUGAUACUGUCUGCCAUGUAACUUCCUCUAGUUCCCAAAGCCUGGUUGUUCCCAUCUAUGGAUGUAACAUUCAUGUGAGAAGCUCUAUCUUUGUGCUGAACUGUGUAUUCAUCCUGUAGUUAAUCUUAUUCCUUUGUAUGGUGUGUGUUGGAGUAGUGUGUUGUAAGUGUUAUCUCCCAGUGUCCACCUCACCUUACAGUAUGAAGCACCUGGAGACACCUGUUGUUGUGAU